UCUGGUAACACAGCCACAACUACAAUCCCAUGGCAACUUGUUCUUCAGAAGGUCGUAAAUGGAUGUACGAUGUGUUUCUAAGUUUCAGAGGCAAAGAUACUCGCAAAACAUUUACAGGUCACUUGUACAGAGCAUUGGAUAUAAGAGGAUCCACACAUUUCAAGAUGAUAAAAGACUAGAGAAAGGGACAUUAGUCCCAUUUGAACUCCAUAAAGCUAUUGAAAUGUCUCAAGUUUCUGUCAUUAUUUUCUCACAUAAUUAUGCCUCAUCUGAGUGGAGUUUAGAUGAAUUAGUAAAAAUAAUGGAGUGCAAGAACCGAUAUGAACAGAUCGUAAUACCCAUCUUCUAUAAUGUGGAUCCAUCCGUUGUUCGAAACCAAACAGAGAACUUUGCGGAAGCUUUUGACAAACAAGAAUCGAAGUAUAAUGGUGGAAUGGAGAAGGUGCAAAAAUGGAGGAAUGCCCCAACUUUAGUGGCCAAUUUAAAAGGCUGGGAUGUCCGCAAUAGGUGACGAACACAGUGGAAGCAAUCUGGAUUUGUUUCAGCAGGCAAAAGCCAACUUUAUGCUUUAGCAAAGAUGCCCUGAAAAGUUUGACUAGGCUUAGGAUGUUGCACUUGAACUCCAUGAUCAGAGAUGAUUUCUUCUUUGAUCCAUUCGGUGUUUUCAGUUGCCAUGAUGGUCCCAUUGAGUUUCUACCGAACAACCUGCGUUGGUUUGUUUGGAAGUACUAUCCGUCAGAAACAUUGCCAGCUAAUUUUGAACCCAAAAGGCUAGUUCAUCUCCAUCUCGAAUGUAGUUUACUGCGUCAAUUAUGGACGGAAAUAAAGUAUUUGACAAAUCUGAAGACGCUUGAUCUCAGCUUCUCCAAAAGAUUGAUACAAACACCAAAUUUCAAGGGAAUGCCAAGUUUGGAGACUUUGCAUCUGAAGGGAUGUAUAAAUCUUGAAGAGGUUCACCAGUCAUUGGGAUAUUGCAAAAAGCUCAUUUUCUUAAAUUUGAAGGAAUGCAAGAGCCUUAAGAGGCUUCCUAGUAGUUUUCACGCGGCAUGUCUUAAAUAUCUGGAUUUGGAAGAGUGUUCUAGUUUAGAAAAUUUUCCACAUAUCCUUGGAAGCAUGUGCUUGUUAGUUGUUAGAGAGUAACCUAAAAUCCUCUGGGAUAAGGAAACUGCCAUCAUCAAUUGGAUACCUACGUGCCAUUAAUCAGCUUGAUUUCCGCUGGUUGGAAAACCUUGUAACUCUUCCCAACGUCAUCUGUAAGUUGACAAGUUUGAAGAAUCCAGAUGUGUCGGGCUGCUCAGAACUUGAAAUCUUGCCGGAAAGUAUAGGGGAUUUAAACAACUUAGAGAAUCUUGAUGCCAGAUGUAUCCUAAUUUCAAGACCUCCAUCUUCCAUUGUAAGGUUGAACAAACUUAAAUCCUUGAGGUUUUCAAGACCGAUAAUGGAAGAAGGCCAAGCUGCUGCGUAUUUUUUGUUCCU